GCGCAGGAGGCGGCGGGGCCGGUGCGGGCGCUGGAGCCGCCGCGGCGGCAGGAAGAUGGAUGCGCCGUGCUCAUCCCUCGCCGCUCGGCAUCUUUCCCUGGCGGCACGUGCUUCCAAAGCAGCUGAGUCCAGGACCUUAAGGAAUGUCACGCAGUAGUUGCUGAACUAACUGGCGCUGAAAGGAACAGAAAAAGAUGGCAGUCCAUAUUUGAAAUAAACACGUGGACUCUCGCUGAUACGAAACCAUGUCAAAAAAAGGACGGAGCAAGGGCGAAAAGCCUGAGGCACUGAUUGUUGCCCUACAGGCUGCCAAUGAGGAACUCAGGACUAAACUAACAGACAUUCAAAUUGAGUUGCAUCAGGAGAAAUCUAAGGUUGCUAAACUCGAAAGAGAGAAGACUCAAGAAACGAAGCGUAUUCGUGAGGUGGAGCAACGCAAGCAGACCGUGCAGAUCACAGAGCUAAAAGCCAAACUCCAUGAGGAGAAAAUGAAGGAGCUGCAGGCUGUGAGGGAGAACCUCAUCAAACAGCACGAACAGGAGAUGACGAGAAUGGUGAAAGUGCGAGACAGUGAAAUCCAGCGCCUCAAGUCAGCGCUGUGCGCGCUGCGCGAUGGGAGCAGCGAUAAAGUACGGACUGCGCUGACCAUUGAGGCUCGUGAGGAGGCCAGGAAACAGUUUGACUCUGAGCGCCUUAAACUUCUGCAGGAAAUUACUGAACUGAAGUCUGCCAAAAAGCAGGUAGAUGAGGCCCUUAACAAUAUGAUCCAGGCCGAUAAGAUCAAGGCAGGCGAUCUUCGGAGUGAGCAUCAGUCCCACCAGGAAGCCAUUUCCAAGAUCAAAUGGGAGAGUGAAAGGGAUAUUCGACGCCUGAUGGACGAGAUCAAGGCUAAAGACAGGAUCAUAUUUUCGUUGGAGAAAGAACUGGAGACACAGACAGGCUAUGUGCAGAAGCUGCAGCUGCAAAAGGAAGCUCUGGAUGAACAGCUCUUUUUGGUGAAGGAGGCAGAAUGUAACAUGAGCAGUCCCAAGAGAGAGAUCCCAGGAAGGGCUGGAGAUGGUUCAGAGCACUGCAGCAGCCCUGACUUGCGCAGAAACCAGAAGAGGAUAGCAGAGCUGAAUGCCACCAUACGGAAGCUGGAAGACCGGAACACGUUGCUUGUUGAUGAACGAAAUGAGCUGUUGAAGCGUGUCCGAGAAGCUGAGAAACAAUGUAAACCUCUUCUGGAAAAGAACAAGUGCCUCACGAAGAGAAAUGAUGAACUUAUGCAGUCUUUGCAGCGCAUGGAAGAUAAACUCAAAGCAGUCACUAAAGAAAAUAUAGAAAUGAGAGAAAAAAUAACAUCGCAUCCUCCUCUAAAGAAAUUAAGAUCUCUCAAUGACCUGGACCAGGCUAAUGAGGAACAAGAAACGGAAUUUUUAAAGCUUCAGGUCAUAGAACAGCAGAACAUAAUUGAUGAGUUAACAAGGGACAGGGAGAAACUCAUUCGUCGGAGAAAGCAUAAAAGGAGCUCAAAACCAAUCAAGAGACAUGUGAUAGAUACAGUUUUUGGGUAUGAUGAUGAUUCUAUGGACUCUGAAACAUCCUCUGUGGCCUCAUAUAGAACAGACAGGACACCAGCAACCCCAGAUGAUGAUCUAGACGAGGGUUUAGCAGCAGAAGAGUCGGAGCUGCGGUUUCGACAGCUGACAAAGGAGUACCAGGCCCUGCAGAGAGCGUAUGCACUGCUGCAGGAACAGACAGGAGGGGUCAUAGAUGCUGAAAGAGAAGCCAGGGCUCAGGAGCAACUUCAAGCUGAAGUCCAGAGAUAUAAAGCCAAAAUAGAAGAUCUGGAGAAAACUUUGGCUCAGAAAGGGCAGGACUCACACUGGGUGGAAGACAAGCAGCUUUUCAUUAAGAGGAACCAAGAGCUUUUAGACAAGAUAGAGAAAACAGAAGCAGAAAACAACCGUCUGCAACAGGAGCUGCAGGAUGCGCGAGACCAGAACGAGCUGCUGGAGUUCCGCAACCUUGAGCUGGAGGAAAGAGAGAGACGGUCCCCACCAUUUAAUCUCCAGAUUCACCCAUUCUCAGAUGGUGUGAGUGCUCUGCAGAUCUACUGCAUGAAGGAAGGGGUUAAGGAUGUCAGCAUCCCAGACCUUAUAAAGCAGUUAGACAUCCUGGGUGAUAAUGGGAAUUUAAGGAAUGAAGAACAAGUGGCCAUAAUUCAGGCUUCCACAGUAUUGUCCUUGGCAGAAAAGUGGAUCCAGCAGAUUGAGGGAGCUGAAGCUGCUCUGCAUCAGAAGAUGAUGGAACUGGAAAGUGAUAUGGAGCAAUUUUGCAAGAUAAAAGGUUAUUUGGAGGAAGAAUUAGACUACAGGAAGCAAGCUCUUGACCAAGCAUACAUGAGGAUCCAGGAGCUUGAAGCCACCUUGUACAAUGCUUUGCAGCAAGAAACAGUGAUAAAGUUUGGGGAGCUACUCACUGAAAAACAGCAAGAAGAGCUGAGGACGGCAGUAGAAAAGCUAAGACGUCAGAUGCUGAGGAAAAGCAGAGAAUAUGAUUGCCAGAUUCUUCAGGAGAGAAUGGAGCUGCUCCAGCAGGCUCAUCAGAGGAUCCGAGAUUUAGAAGAUAAAACUGACAUCCAGAAAAGACAAAUUAAGGAUCUGGAGGAAAAGUUUCUAUUUCUAUUCUUGUUCUUCUCUCUUGCCUUUAUUCUUUGGCCUUGAUGUCAAUGUGCCUCUUGGUAAGGUAAGACUGUUUUAUUUAUUUCCUCAAAGCUAGCACUUCUUGCAGAGAGCAGAGAAUCACAUCCUUGUAUGUUCUUGUGGAUGUUUGGAGUCAGCAAAUGCAGCAGGUUGUUAUCAAUUUGUAAUAGUUCACAGUAGAGGGUUGUCGUACUGCUGAGUGAUACUUUGCUGUUCAUGGCUGUGAAAAUAAAAGUAACAAGGAAUUUCACAGUAGCAAAAAGCCAAGGGAAUUGCAGGAGAAAUUCAAUGUUGAUGUUUGUAAAGGGAUGCAGAUGAAACAAAGUUAAAAUAACCUCAGCUGUAAACACACUCUCAACUAACAUUCAAGAGGGAGAUAAGGAUUUUAAAACAGGUAGAGCUCUGUGUCCAGCAGCAGGAAAAAUACAAAAAAGGGCAAGGAAGAAUGAUCAGCUGCUGAGAGACAGGAAGGGAGAGACAGAGAAAUGGAAGUAUUUUUCUGACUCAGGAAGUAACACUGCUAAAAGGAGGUAUUGGAGAAGUUUAAAGAAUUUGUCACAGAAUGGAUGGACAGAUGGACAGCUGUCUGUCUAAUACAGCUGUUCACUGUCUAAUACAAACAAUUACCAUGUGAUAAACUUAAAGUAAGCAAAAAUUUAUAGUUAAAGACACAGGUUGUAAAGAAGUCUGUCACAAUAUACUUAGCAGCUGAAAGUUCAGAGUUCAAAAAGUAAUGUGAAGAUGGCGAAAUAAAUCAGAGACCUAUAAUGGUCCCAUUUUUCUCUGUGGCUGGCCACUUCUAGAACAAGGAUGCUGGGCUAGGACAAUUUUUCUUUUGAUCCAGGAUAACAGAAGGUAGCCUAGAAAACAUAAUGUUAAAGUCUCAAUGUGUAUUGAGCAUAAUUUUCUGAUUUGGUGACAGACCCAUACCAUUAAAUUUCUCAGUCUCUCUUGGCUCUGGCUUCAGCUGUGUCAGUGAAUAAUUGCUCUGCUCUACACUUGAGAUAAGCUGAGAUACAGUUGUGUGAAAGAUGUUCUGCUAUGCCCUUCCACAGUUUGUACCAGCUUUGCUUCCAGAUACAAUUCAAGAUACUGAUUAUAAUUAAGUGGCAUGGGUCCAUGGUGGGUUUUCCUUUUCCUUUUUAGGAAAAGCCCCUACUUUGUGCUUCAUUUCAGCUAGAUCAGAGCUUUCAUUUGCAGUUUUGUGCUGAUGCAGAGACAGCUCUCAGUGUUAUCCACAUCAACUGGAAUCCACUUCAUCCUUGUUUGGCCAGACCUCAGAAUGAAUGUUUCCAUGGGCUGAGGCAGCAAUAUAGGUGGAGGUUGGCUUGAAUGGAGAACAACCCAUAGAAAAGAAUUAGGAGAAAUGUGGACAGAUCAGUGUUGUUUUACAGCUCUUGUAAACAACAAUCAAUAUGAUUAUAAAGUUGCUGUUGUUUAAAACAUACUGCCUUGAUUCAGUGGUCUUAAAACCCAUUAAGUUACAACUGCAUACUUAAUUGUGUUCCUACUGCAAAACUUCUGAGAAUGAUGGUACAGCAUGGAAUGGCUGUCAGAUGUUUUAAGUGGCUGUGACUGGUGGAAGUUUGACUUUACAGUUUCUUGCUUAUUCAUAAUGGAGAAAAAAAAUCAGAAAUUCUUCUGAAACAAUCAAAUUAUGGACAGAAUAAUUUCAAGAAGCCAAGAUUUUCACAGUACACAGUAGUAACAAAUAACUUUAUAUGACUGUGUCUUUUGCUGUACCACAGAAUCCAUAAGUCCAGAACAAGCAGUUGACCUAGAGGGAGAUUCCAAAUAAAAAGAAUUCUUGGAUUUAAGGUCCACCUUGAAAAACCACAGGAACUGGUGGUGACAUUUGCAAGAACCUGUCUGCAUGAUUUUUUUCCAUUUGCCUGUACUGUCAUCCUUUUUCAGUUCCUGUCACAACUAGAAUAAUGUCCUUGUGCAGCAUAUGAGAAAAACUUGGGCAAUAAGAGGUUGAGAGUUGUAUGUAUAUAUAGUUUGCACCUACAUUUUCCACCGGUGUGGGUAUGGAACUCCAGUGAGUAUUUGCCUCUUGUAUUACAGCUACAGAAUUGGUGAGAAGCUUUUAUGUCCUAGUUUUACCAAUACCAAUCGCCUAAUACCAUUUGCUGAUAACACAUCCUUUUGGCCUAAUUUGAGGGCAGGUAUUGACUGAUUAGAAAAGCUAAUGACAUGCUUAAGGUCAGAACUCCAUAUUUUUCCUAAGUUCUAGGAGGUUUCCAGUUUUUCACUUGGAGUCAUCCUGCCUCCAUGGACUGCUGGGUCCUGCUCAGCUCUCACUCUCCACUGAGCUGAUGCAAACCUUGCUGUCAUGUUCCUUGAACAGGACUAAUAGCCAAAACAACAUAAACAUUUCUGUGCUGUCUUUAGGGCUGACACUACCAUCCCAGCUGCACAAUUCACUGAUGUCAUUGCAGGGGAAUUACAUGGAUCCCUUAGGGACGGUAUCAAGAUGUCCCUCACCACCCUCUACACCCCAUUCUGGCCCAAUCUCCUUCCAUGGGUUUUCCUCUUGUUUUACAUAACAUCUAAGGUUUAGCAGGUAUAAAUCCCUUUGGGAUCAUUUUGUUGAGCCCAGAAAGGCUGCUCUGACUGCAAUGCCAAGAUGAGUUUCAUUGGAUUCACUGUUGCUCCAUAAUGGCUGGUCCCUCGAGCACACAGGGGUGCAGUUGCCCAUAGAGAGGAUGAGAAGCAUCAGCAGGAGCUGAAAGCCCCAGAAAGCCUGCUAGGCAGUUGUGGCACUCCUAGGACCACCCAGGAAAUGAAGGAUUCUUUUGCCUUUCCCAUGCUACUUCUGCAUAUUUGGCUUUAUGAGCAUCAGGUGGGGAUCAGCAAGACAGAUUACGGUGAGCUGAGUGACAGAAGAAGGACCCAUGACAGUGGUGGAGAUAAAAUGAUUUAGAGAAUCGACAUUGACUAUGAAAGUGGAAAAAUCUUAUGGGUGAGGUGUGUGUGGGGAAUAUAUAAACUCAAUGCUUUUCCAGAGGAUCUGCACUGCUGUGAACUCCCUUGAACUGUAGAGACAGCUGCAGCAGGCCCAGCAUCACAGCACGCAUGAUACCUGUAGAGUGUUUUACCAAGGCCAGUCACUCCACAGGUGCAAAGCAUCAAGUCUUGUAGCAGUUCCUCAAAAACAAGGUAAUGGUAAGCUCCUCAUCCCCUGCCUUCACCCCUGCAUUUUCCUCUAAGGGAUCCUCUCCCCUCGAUACCUGAGGGGCAAUCUCCAGACACAAGCAAUUUGGGAAUGGUGUUGGAGAGGGAUUUUAGCAAAGUCAUUUUCCAAGGCUGGAAUACAUUGAAUUGGAGAGAAUAACAAACAUUAUUUGUGUUGCCCAUUCACAUUAAAAAACACCUGCCUACCCAGGUGAUUUAAUUCAGCAAAGGUGAGCAUGGCAUGGGGAGUGUGCCAUCAGCAUUUCUUCUUACAACUAUUGAGCUAUAUAUAUUGUCAUAGAUAUAAUAUAUAUAUCGCAAAAUUACUUCAACUGGAUGUGAGUGAACUGUCUUAGACUUAUCAUAAGGGAGUUCAAACAAAUCAGAUCCCCGAUAAAACGAAACAAAAAGCCCAGCUCAUCCUAGGGAGCCACUUGAUGGUGAAAAGUCUUUGGUUUUGUUCAUGCCUUGGUGCAGUUUAUCCUUUACUGGUUUUUUUAACCAGCAGAGAGAAACCCACAGUGUGGUCACAGGUGAUACUUUCUGAUUUCCAUCUCACCCAGAGUGAACACAGAACUCACUGCUGUACUGAAAUAACACAGGACAAGAACGUGCAAAUAAAGGAAACCAUGUGCAGCAGAUACAGUAUCCAGACCAGAAGCUCACUAAUUCCUGCUUAUGUGGGAUUUUCCUACCUGCAUUUUCUCUGUGCUUGUGAACAUAAGUAUUCACUUAUUUGUGGUCACAUAAGGAAGUGCAGUCUGUGUGGAUUUUGCACCCAGUGAAUUUUACUAUGUAAGCUUGAAUGCUGAGAUAACAGAGACAAAAGAUGCCCUUUUUUUCCUGGUCACAAACCCAAGAACCAGUUCUUUUCCAUAGGUGAGGUAGGGUUGCUCAGAACAGCAGCAGUUUCUGUUUGUUUCAGUGCUGCAAUAGCCAAAAUUCCAGGCUUGCUCUGACACCCCAAGGAUAUUGCCCUGCUGCCAUGGCUCUUGCUAGGGAUAAAUUUUAGGCAGCUUUGGUUCAAGAGUCAUGGAAACUAAUGCAUACUUACUCAUGUGAAGAUGCCCAUGGGGACUUUUAUGCACCACGGGGUUGCACUUUGGGGGAUUUAAAUGGACAACUUAGCAAAAUACUCAGAAUUCUCACAAAUGCUUUUCAUAUAAACAAAACCAGUUUCACACUGAUACCUGUAAGAACUGAUCUUUUUAGCUUCCUGAAAGAUUGAUAGAUUGUAACUUGGUAAAGCUGGGAUAGGUAGGUAGAGGAACUUUAAAAACUUACACCUUAUCUGAUAAUAUGAUACAGAUAUGUUGUUCUUGUUUUUGUUUUUUUUAACUUUUAGAGUGCCCGACCACACAGAUAAAUCGUUAUAAAGGCAAAUGCUUCCACCCCUCGAUGAAGAGAAUACUGUUUACACCUAUUUUCAAAAGUAUAAAAAUUAACAACCUGUAGCCAAGACUGCAACCACCUUGUAUUUUAAAGCCAUCACUCAAAAUUUGUUACCUGACAUUUCCUGUCUAAAGCUAUGAUAUAUGCUGCAUCUAAUGAAAUCCUGUAUGUUGAAAUUACAAAAGAGGAAGAAAAAUAAACUGACAACCUACAUCACCUAGGAAGAACUUAAAGGGAAGGAACCACUUUCAGCUGAUCAAGUCAAUGUGUCUUGGGCAUGGAACCAAAGUUACAAUAGAAAAAUCUAUUCCUGCUGUGCAGGGCAAUCAUUUAAAUGUCACCCUGUCAUCUGACAAAUGGAUCAAAAAUGAACAGCUCAGAGUAGGAGAAACUCAAGAGAUGCUGACAAACUGCUCGCUUUGAAGUGUGUGGCUUUCUCACUGCAGGGACUCCUGCUCUCCCUCUUUGGUUUUAACCUCAGGAACAAAUGACAGCUGCAAAGUGGAAGGAAGAAAGGGAAAAAAACCCCCACUCUGGAUUACUGCAGGAUGGACAGGACAGAUCACCAUGUUUUGUGCUUGAGAUCGUAACAGCACCACCUGCCUUGGCCAAGGAAUGGAAGAAGAGGGUGUCUGGCAUAAGGAGGGUUUCCAGUGGAGUUGAAGCCUUACCUCUCCUUACCAUCCCUCCAUGAAGAACAGCCUGUCUAUUACCAGACACUUUUCAUACUCUUUAAAGACUGCCAUUGAGAUAAUAAUGACUAUACUUGGUUUCACUGUAGAAUAACCACUGAGGAUCACUGAAUAGCUUCUGUAAAAGAAAACAAUGCUGGAGGACAGGGCAGGGAGGAAAGCGAAUCCCCUUAUCCAUGUGACAUGAUUCACAGAGCAUCAGCUUCCAACUGUUUUGUCCCAGCUUGGAAAAAAUGUUUUGGUUCAGCUUGUCAAUUGACUUUGUUAGUUGGCUUCCUGAUCAAUGAUACAUAGACCAAAAAUGGGGAAAAACUUUGUGAAUACAACCUUACUACAAAUAAGAAAUAUUGUAGUCUGUUUAGAUUUUUCCACAGUUAAGAGUAACUAAAAGUAGUUUUCAUUUCAAAGCAUUACUUACCUCUGUAAUCACAAAGCCUAGAACCCAGCCGUGGUGCCUCCCUGAGGUCAUAGGUCCAUGCACCCCAGUACUCCUUCAGAAAUGUCCCUGAGGAGCAUAAUGCCUGCAGCAAUCACUGUGAGGGUCCUGUGCUGAAGGGAAGCAGUGCAGCAGCUGCACCCACCCUCCCUUUCUCACUGAUGGGCUGACAGCGCACUUCGCAGUGCCUCUGGUUUCAUUUCCCAGGGAAUGGAGUCCUGCCUGUUCAGACUUGGGGUUCCUGUGCCAAGGCUCUGUCUUCUGCAAUGGAGCCUUAGUUUUAACUGGAAGAAAUGGGUUUCUCUACUACAAACUAGAAAAUUAAGGGCCAGAAUGCAGCUUGUGCGUUACUUACGCCAUCAAAGCAGGGAUCACAUGUACCAAUAUCUUACGAUCUUACGCACAUCAGAAGCUUUUUAAAGUGUUUUUCAAGGAGCUUCUCCUUUGGUUGCCUGUUUACUUUUACAGAUGAAGCAGUGAGAUCACUUGCCAGAGCAACUCAGCACAGCAAAAGCAGUUUCUUAGUCCUAGGAGGGAGGAAGUUCCUCUAGUAUGCCUGCCCCUCACAGAUACCCUUUUUUUUUUUUCCAGAAUAGCUUUUAAUCAGUAAUAUCCAUUUGCCCAGCUGCAUUGCAAUUCUGGGCUCAGUUUCUCCACAAAGACUGCUAACAUCCUCAUUUCUUGAGUUCCAGGAGAUAGUGUUAAGCCUUCCAUCGAGGAUUACACGUUAUUAGCAAGUGAUCUUUUUUUUUAUCCUGCUCCUUAAAAUUAAUUUAAAUUACAGAAUGACCACAUCUUUAUGAAACACUCUGGUUCAGCCAAGGGGUUUACUGAGUUCUGGCACCAAACUCUAUGUUUGCUGUUUCAUUUUUUAAAGAAAUAGGCUUGUAGGUAGAUGUGUUAUGUGACUGCCAGCACAUUGCAUGCUUUUUGUUCAAAUUCCUUUUCCCUAGUGCAAGACUCUCUGGAUAAGGUUGACCAAAAUGUACAUCUUUCCACAAGCUAGCAAUUCAGUCCUAAAGCUCUGGAGUCGGGACCUGGAGGAGUGGUCCCACUCCUGUGACAGCUGGAGAUCACUGAGAAGCAAAACAACAGUUUGUUAGCUACAAAGAGGGGGCUUUCUCUCUGGUUAUUCCUUCUUCCCACCUCAUUGUUUUCACCUCUGUUGCAGCAUCAAGUAAUUUCACACCUUCAGGCUGCUUUCCUCAGUGUUAGGGCUGGCAGUUAAAGCAUGGAGUUCUUGAAGAAGAAUGAGCAGCACUUGGUUUCAGUAAUGGUGCAGUAACUUCCAUGGCUGGUUUGGUUUAAAAAAAAACUCCUACAAAUACUUAUUCCAGGCAAUCAUACAGAAGUUUUAUGGCACAGAUAGAAAUACACAGUUUCACAACAUACCUGACUGGUCUUGUGGCAGGCUUCAUCAUUUAGACUCCCUGAGCCAUGUUAUCUUAGUUAAUUUCUCUUUUUUGUCUGAUUCUCCCUCCCUUACUCCUGCGUGUAUAGAUAUGCAGGCAGGUAUUGCAUUCCAAAGAGCUCAGGGUGGGAUGGAGCUGGUAGUCUGACCACAGCAGACCUGGGUCUGCAAACUUCAAAGAUUAUUCUUCCCUCCAGGGAGCUGAACCUCCACUGCUUUACUCUCCUUGCAGUGUAACACAUGCCAUGCCUAAAACACACUUGCUGAUAUGAGUUAAUACGAACUUUCUGCUAUCAGUUAGAUCAAAAUGAGUUUCAUGUCUCCGUGUGUGUGUAUAUAUAUAUACACACACACAUAUAUCUAUAUGUAUAUGUACAUAUAUAUACAUAUAUAUGCAUAUAUUUACCUAUUCUGUAUUGUAUAUAGAAAUUAUUGCUAUAGCUUAUGAAAGUAUACUUCAAUCUAGGCAUGGGGAACUGAAUCAAGAUUGUUUAGCUGCCACAGCUGGUAUGGUAUAUUCCUCCCAGUUUAGUUUCACAUCUCAUGGGCAACUAGUUUUUGGAUUCUUUUUUCUGGACCCUUCUCUGUCCUUGGACUGUUAAUCCUGGGCUUUCUGGUGUUCCUGACAUUCAUUGAAGCAAAGGAUUGAGAAUCUUCCCUCAGAUUAGUCACCAACCUCCCCUCCCCAAAACCAGCAAGAAAAAUAGAAAUCAAUUCACUGCAGUGUUUGAGGACAGCAAAUACAGCCCUGGAUCCCUCCCAUGCAUCCUUCGAGGCUGUUCAGGAGCAGCAGCACUCCUGGCUAUCCAUCCCGCCAAAGCAGGAGGUGAGCCACAGAAGGUAGUAGAAAUCAGCGUGACCACUAUUUGUCUUGCUGCUUUUUUUACCAGUGACCAAGUUGGGAGAUUUUGAACACUAUUUUUUUAAUUUAAGCACUUCAGAUGAGGGCCUGGUUACAUGAGAUGAAUUUAGGCAAUUGGGGUUGCAGUAAGGAAAUGGUACUUGGAGUGUUACCAGCCUGACUCACAGCUCCAUCCUCUCUUACUGAUGUGCCUGGAGGACAAUGGAGGAUUUUUUUAGAUGUUCUUCAUCUUCCAGCCCCCUACCAUCAUCUCAGUGGGAAACAUACCCUGAAACCCAAAGCUUUCAGUUCUGUGGCAUCCCAUGAGGACUGCCCAGGCCAGGCUCUCCUGACAUGAGCAGGGCUCAGAGA